UCUAAAGAAUCGAUCGAGGCAAAUAAAGCCUACUGGCGACUGAUUGCAAGAAUCCAGUUGAAGUCUCGCAAUGGAGUCAUGAGCAGUUCAUGUCAUGGCACUCGCGCAAUCCCUGAUAGUAUCGGUAGUAGGCUUCACUGUUGGCUAGCGUGAUCCCUGAAAAAAUACGCAUGUCGUAGGCCACCCACAAUAAUAGGAAGCCAACCAAAAGGGCCCCUUGUUAUUUCAUUUUAUUUUAUUGCAGAAAAAGGGCCAUUGGCACAUGUACUUGGUUGGCAUUUGUGAAAAAUUUCUGUUCGGUUCUAAAAUGAAGAUUGCCAAUUAGUUGAUAUCUCAAAAUAAAUCUAUGUGUAUAUUGUAAAUUUAUAAGCCAUCGCAAUGUCAAACAAAGCCUGACUUGCGUAUCGCAACGAUGCCUUCACGUCAUAUAACGUUGCAUACGUUGAUAGUAGGCUCACCAAAGUUGGUCAUUUUUUCUCUCUUGGUGUAGCUUAUAUUAGUAUUGCCUUGCAAGAAAUUAGCAAAUAGAAAUGGACACCAUCAAAUGAUGGAAAAUGCCAAGGGAAAGGAGUGCCUUCUUUUCUUUUCUUUUCAGAGGAUGAGUAAAGCAUAAACCACACCUUUCUCUGUCUAUCUGUCGCACGCACAAUAUUAGUCACUUGCACUUCAAGUCCUCCUCGUCCUCUUUCUUUCUCCUACUCGACUACUACUCGAUCGAUCUUCUCCUGUUCUGUACUAUAAAUUACCACACACUUGCAAGCCAAGGUAUACGCAUGCGCAUGCAUCCAAUCAUCUGCAUUUCGCGCCAUUAGACACGCCUUUGUUUAGACAAACAACUUCAGCAGCGUGCAAUGGAGGCAGGGAGGAGGAGAAGCGCGAGAGUGAUGCUGUUCUUGGUGCUGGUGAUGGUGUUCGUGGCCGUGGAGAGGACGGCAGUGGGCGACGUCGACGGCGGCGGCGGUGGCGGUGGCGGUGGAGGUGAGGAUAGGGAGUGGUUCUUGAAGCUGUGGACGGACGGGGGUGGAGAAGCUGAGGAGGAUCACUUGAAGUGGGAGGAGGACGACGAUGACGACAACGACGAUGAGGAGGAUCACAUCAUGAUGCUAGGUACGGGGAUCGGCCGGCCGCCGACGGGGAGGAACGUGGUGAACGUCGACAGCUUCGGCGCCGUGGGCGACGGCAACGCCGACGACACCGAGGCAUUCCUGAACGCGUGGAAGACGGCGUGCUCGCUGGACAGCGCGGUGUUCUUGGUGCCCGGCGGCCGCCGCCGCUACAAGGUCGGCGCGAGCAAGUUCAUGGGGCCGUGCAAGGAGAAGAUGAUCAUUCAGAUCCAGGGGACGAUCGUGGCGCCGGAGGAGCCGUCGGAGUGGGACCCGCGGAGCCCACGGCUGUGGCUGCUCUUCUCGGGGCUCGUCGGCGCACGCGUCCAGGGCGGCGGCGUCAUCGACGGCGCCGGCUCCAAGUGGUGGGCCAGCUCCUGCAAGAUCAACAAGUCCAACCCAUGCAAACCUGCUCCCACGGCCUUGACGAUCGACUCGUGCAGGGGCGUGAGGGUGAGGAGCCUGCGCGUGCAGAACGCGCAGCAGAUGCACCUCACCGUGUCGCGGUCGCGGAACGUGCGCGUCGCGGGGCUGCACGUCGAGGCGCCGGCGGACAGCCCCAACACCGACGGGAUCCACGUCGCCGAGUCCACCGCCGUCACCAUCCAGAGCUGCCGCAUCGCCACCGGGGACGACUGCAUCUCCAUCGCGAACGCGAGCUUCAACGUCCGGAUGAAGAACAUCGACUGCGGCCCGGGCCACGGCAUCAGCAUCGGGAGCCUGGGGAAGGACAGCACGUUCGCGGCGGUGGAGAACGUGGUGCUGGACACGGCGAGGAUCAGCCGGGCGCAGAACGGCGUCCGGAUCAAGACGUGGCAGGGCGGCGCCGGUUACGUCCGCAACGUGCGUUUCUCCAACGUCGUCGUCGAAGACGUCGACCACCCCAUCAUCAUCGACCAGUUCUACUGCGACUCCAUGAAUCCCUGCCACAACCAGACGUCGAACGUGCAGGUGAGCAACGUGGCGUACCGCAACAUCAGUGGCACGUCGCGGCGCGCGGAGGCGAUCAAGUUCGCGUGCAGCGACGCCGCGCCCUGCAGCGACAUCGUGCUCAGCGACAUCAACCUGCUGCGCGGCGACGGCGGCGCGGGCGAGGUGCAGGCCGUCUGCAACUGCGCCACGGGCGCCGACUACGGCCGCGUCCGCCCCGCCGCCGACUGCCUCAGGAGCAGCACAUGCGGCGGCGCGCCCGACGACCACACCGACGAGGACGACGACCAUGUCGAGGCCAUCCCGCACACCGAGCUCUGAGCUCAGAUGCUCGUCGCUCUUGCUGUCAUGCAUGGAUGCUAAGACCAAUACUUACUUAACAAACUCUUUUAACUCUGACG